AUGUAUAAACUCAACUGCAUUGUCUUGGGCAAUGUUCCUUGCCGUGUAUUUGAGAUCAAGAUUGCACCGACAGCAAGUGUCAGCGCCCUCCAAAACGUUAUCAAGGGUGCAAAGAAGCCACAAUUUGGCCAUGUUACUGCUGAUAGUCUCGAGCUAUGGAAGGUCAACUUGCUUGUCGACAAUGCGCUCAAGCACACUCUUGAGAGUCUCGAACUUAACAAGAUGGACUUGCUAUCACCUGUAGAUGAAAUGCUAGAGCAUAAGUAUCUGCACAUUGUGAUCCAAGGCCCACCUGCCGUGUCUUCUGGACUGCUCCACCUCCAACUCAACUGCAUUGUCUUGGGCGAUGUUCCUCGCCAUGUAUUUGAGAUCAAGAUUGCACCAACAGCGAGUGUCAGCGCCCUCCAACAGGCUAUCAAGGAUGCAAAGAAGCCACGAUUUGACCAUGUUGCCGCUGAUAGUCUCAAGCUAUGGAAGGUCGACUUGCCUGUCGAUGACGUGCUCAAGCGCACUCUUGAGAGUCUUGAACUUAAUGAGAUGGAGUCAAUAUCACCUGUAGAUGAAGUGCUAGAGGUUUUUGACAAUGCUCCUCAGCAUAAGCAUCUGCAUAUUGUGAUCCAAUGCCCACCUGCCGGUGAGCUACCUGUUGAUAUCACUCUGACACAGCAGAUGAGCUGA